ACCCCCUUCAUAUAUAUUAUAUAUCAGUAUACUUAUAUCACACCGGCUGGCCACCGUCAUCAUCGACGUAAAAUAGUUCGUGUUUUUUAAUUCCCUUAACCUUCACUCUCGAAAUUUUGGCAAAACCUCAGUCCAAGCCCUACAUGAGUCAUAAAAAGUAACAAAUUAAUUCAAAGUCAUUAGUAUGUAUAAGUGGUAAAUCGAGUGAAAAAUGAAUUUAUUCAAAAUCUCCGUCAUCUAUGGGAUAGUGUUGUCUGUGUCUUUUCUGGUUCUUAUACUCUAUGUACUUGGAGCAACUCGUUAUGUUGUCAAAAAUGAGGAUAACACAUGCGAUAUGACUUACAUGUUUGAAUAUCCUCAGUACGUGAGAAUUAGUUUGAAUAGCGAAAAUGAUGUAUCCGAGGAUGCUGCGUAUCCAAGAUUUAAGCUGUUUGCCUAUGGAGAAGGUUUUGUCACGGAACGUCUAAGAAGAAUGCACUUCACUGGAAUCCCAGCAUUAUUCAUACCUGGAAACGCGGGCUCGCACGAACAAGCACGUUCCCUGGCUUCGGUUAGUUUGAGAAAAAGUUUGAAAUACAAAACCCCAUUUCACUUUGAUUACUUUUCAAUAUCAUUUGGCAAAGAUUAUUCCGGUAUAUACGGAGGGAUAUUGAAAGAACAAGCCAAGUACACUGUUAAAUGUAUAAAAAGAAUACUUUCACUUUACAAGGGUAGAGCGAAAAAUAUUGUAUUGAUAGGCCACUCUAUGGGUGGAGUCAUUGCCAAAGGAGCCCUUUUACUUGUACCUGAGAUUAAUAGUAAUGUUGUUAGUAUUUUAAUAACAUUAUCAACACCGCAUAUGCCUUCGAUUUAUCCAGAUUACACAUUUUAUAAGUAUUACAUGAAUUUAGAGAGUAACAUGAAAACUUUGAAACGCAAUGGCACAUCCGUAAUAUCAAUUGGUGGAGGUCCAAGAGACAUACUCGUUCCUUCGUCUCAAACAGUUGACGACUACGCCGAUUUAAAUGCACUUACAACUCACAUCCCAGGAGUUUGGAGAUCGAUGGACCAUCUUAAUAUUUUAUGGUGUAAACAGUUUGUUUUAAACGUAGUAAGAUGUUUAUUUGAUUGCGUAAAUGCUACGUUAAGGCCUCCUAGUAUUACUGACAAUGAAGAUGUUAGAAUGAUGGCUUUCAAUUGGCAUUUUAAUCAGCCCUACAGCAUUCAGAAGCAUAUACCCGGUGUAAUAUACUCUGAAAAAGUUACUUUUCCUAACGAGCCCAGUGAAUGGAUUGAAGAUUUACGUCGACAAUACACUUGGAGAAGCAAAGAUUAUUUUAAUGACAAAUCCAAGAAACCUAGUACAAUAUACCUGAUGAUCAGUUUAAAUGCACCGAUCGAUGCUCUAUCCAUUGAUGCUGUUCAUUUGAAAACAAAGGACUGGAUUUUUGCCUGUUCUGCUUCUGAUGUACGCGGAUAUUCAAAAGUGUGCCCAUGGGGUUGGAAUCUAUCCAAUCGCACUAAAGUCGUUCCUGACAUAAGCAGAAAACCUGGGAAAUACUCGGUAGAUUUGGAUUUGAACGAAAUCCGUGAUUUAAGAGUUUCUCAUGUAGUUGUUAAAGUUCCGGCUCAAAGAAUUAAACACUUCAUGGAAAAAGACGACGAUGACGAUGAUGAUAAUCAAAUUAUCCAAAUUGAUGGAUACAUGCGUGGAGGAAGGUUUAGACGAGUUAGCUCAGUAGCUUGGCCUACCGAUACCGGAAGUCUCCGCUACUACGUCUAUUUGGAUAGAAUAACUGACGCGGUAUCGGUGGAGUUUGAAAAUGCAACUUGCUACGACAAUACUCAGCCACAUUAUGCUAUGGUUGAAUUAAUUGAACCUUGGACAACGGGAUCUCGGCAGAUUCAAUUUUUCGCCAAUACGGAUGACGAUGCAAGAGUGAUGACAUUGCAGACGGUACAUUCACAAAGAUUACACGCCAUGAAGACAAAAAGUGCUGAAAUGAGGAUAACUUUAGACCCUAAUUGUUUAUACAAAAUUCGCGUGCAAAGGGCUGGUUUGAUCGACAGAAUUUCGUGUAUGGUUCGAGAUCGCUGGACCCUCAUUUAUCCUAUAAUCAUUGGAUUUCUCCUUUUGACCAUCGGUCAAAGAAUCGACUGUAAUAAUGAAAGAAAAACGAGCACCAGUGUGAUAAUAAUCGUUACCAUGAUUUUAUGUAUUAGUUUGAAUCUAGUUCUCGAGUGUUUUGUCGGUAUAGCCAUCCUUCAUAUCUUGGCCAUAGGAGUUUGCUGUUUGGUAGUGUUUUUUGGAUCAAUAGCACAUAAAAUUGCUGUGAGAUUUUUAGCCAGAGCAGUAACUUUUUCUACCACAUGGUCAGACUGGGUACUUGGAGGAUUGGUCAAUCAAUUGCCGAUCGUAACGGCUGGUAUCUUACUCUCUAUGAUAACAGCUACUUGUGGAGCUCUGGCGAUGCUCCUAUCUAUUUUUCUACAUUUUUUAAGACUGACUCAAAUGUACGAAGAUUAUUUGGAGGAAUUGUUGUUGGCAACAAUGAGACACUUUAAUUUAUUGAAAAAGAAGAAAAACGGGAAGAGCGAAUCUGGUGAUUCCAUCAGACAGAACAUUUUCAAUCAAAUAUUGCUAUUCUUGUUUUGGUGCUUUACGGCUUUACCAGCUGUGCCAUCAGCGCUCGUGUGGGCAAAGAACUUUAGUUACAGUACGAGAUUAGCUUCAGAAGAUGAAGUAUUUUUAUGUAGUUGGAUCGUCAUGGUUGCAUUCGGAACUUCUGGAUUAGUAAAAAUACCCACGACUCCUAUUAAUUCUAAUAAAACGAAAUUGCUGUCAGUUGCAUUGUUUUUUUUUGGAUGGAUGGCACUGGUGAUAUCCGCUACAUCUAAUGCAGCCCAUUAUUACUGGUGCUUUCCUCCCUGCCUUGCCGUUGUAGUUGCACUGCUUUCGAUAAACUCUCUUCAGUCGUAAAGAAGUACAAUCAAUAUAUAUAUUUUUUUUUAUGUAUUAACUGUUUUUUAAUACAACUGUGCUCAUUAUGCUGAUGUUAGUUUUUAUGAAUUGACGUGUUGAAUAGUCGCGUGAAAUUGUAAGAGUAUGUAAUAAUAGUAUUAAUACUUUUCUAUUGAAGAGUCCCAGUGAAAAAAAAUUAAUUUAUAAAAAGAGUUGACGUAGAAAUAAACUAGCUUUGUAUAUAUAAACAUAAGACCGUCUGAGAGAAUUUAUUUUAUAUACAAUUUAUUAUUUAUUUAUAUACCAAUUAAAAGAGUUGGUGGAUGAGAGGCUAUACAUUUUUCAAAUUUGAAUACUGUAAACUUUUGUAGAAGGAAGUAAAAUGAAAUAUAAAAUUAAACAAUAAGAUCACCAAAAAAAUAACUAGUCUAGAUAAAA